UUUACAAGGUCGCCUGCUAAGCUUUCUUAUCACUGUAAGCAUAUCUCAGUACCACAUUCCUUCCUUCUAAACAAUGUAACUCUGCAAAAACAACAUUUCUAUUCCCACAGUUUUAUUUAAUAAACGUUUGGAGAUCGAGCCCAGCCCCACAACGCCCCGAGGGAAUGAGGGGGGGACACGAAAGGGAACCAAGGGCAGCGGCUGCUGCGGCGGACCGGGAGGCGACGAGAGGGCUCCGGAAGAGGCGGUGCUGCCUGGGGAGGGUUCCGGGGCGGCGGGCGGGGAACAGCAACGGGACGGGAGCAGGGACGACAUCGCUGGGGGAGCGAUGCUGGCCCGGGCAGGACCCGGGCUGCUGCGGUGCGCCCAGCAGCUGAAGCGUUCAGCGUGGCUGGCCCCGGCUCCGCAGCGGUUGAACUCCAGCCUGCCCUUGAACAUUGGGGUGCUCUUCGUACUGCAGCAGGAGGCUUGGGUGGUGGAGAGGAUGGGCAAGUUCCACCGAAUCCUUGAGCCCGGUUUGAAUUUCCUCAUCCCUUUGCUGGAUCGGAUUCGUUAUGUGCAGAGUCUCAAAGAAAUUGUCAUUAAUGUCCCAGAGCAGUCAGCUGUCACCCUAGAUAAUGUCAUGUUGCAGAUUGAUGGAGUGCUCUAUCUGCGGGUUAUGGACCCCUACAAGGCCAGUUACGGGGUGGAGGAUCCUGAAUAUGCCGUGACCCAGCUGGCCCAGACCACCAUGAGAUCUGAACUUGGCAAACUCUCCCUCGACAGAUUAUUCCGGGAGCGUGAGUCCCUCAAUGCUAACAUAGUGGAUGCCAUCAACCAAGCCUCAGACUGCUGGGGCAUCUGGUGCCUGCGCUACAAGAUUAAGGACAUCCACGUGCCUCCCCGCAUGAAGGAAUCUAUGCAGAUGCAGGUGGAGGCAGAGCAACGGAAGCGUGCGACAGUGCUGGAGUCAGAGGGGAUGCGGGAAUCUGCUGUCAAUGUGGCUGAGGGGCAGAAGCAGGCCCAAAUCCUGGCGUCAGAAGCCAAGAAGGCUGAGAAAAUCAACAAAGCUGCUGGUAGCUCCUUUGGCUAGAACAUGCCUUGAACACCAGGGGUUCUGCACCCCUCUGUAUUGAGGGGUGAUGCUUCCUGGGAGCAGAUUGCACUGCUGUGAGCCAGACUGCCUCAGCUGCUCUCAUUCCUCCCUGCUGGGACCCUUGGACUGUGCUGCAGCUGGUGUUGCUUCCCCACAGCCUGGGGCAGCAGGAGAGGCGUUGCAGGACAAUUGUAGUGCUAUUGUUAGGGAAAAGGAGGCUUUGCAUGCACCACAUUUUCUUGAUAUACUUCUUGCAAGCGUGUUGUCACAGUUCUGAUGUGCUUUGUUGCAGGAGAAGCCAGUGCCAUGCUGGUCAGGGCCAAGGCCAAGGCUGAGGCCAUUCAGCUCCUGGUGGCUGCCCUGGCCCAGCAGAUGAGUGAGGGCUCCUUGGGGCAAAGCUUUGGUGCCAGCACAGGAAGAUGAUCCCGAAGCUGGGGUGGCACCCAGCUUUCUCACAGAUGCCCCCUGGCAUCUUAGUGAAGAGUUUUGUUGACACCUGGGGCAGGCUGGGGGUGUGGGCACGGCUGAGCUCUUGGUGGUGCCUGGCUCAGCCUCCUUCCUGAUGAGCCUUGACCAUCUCUCCGCAGCAUGGCAGCGCAGUGACCAAGCUCACUGUCCAAGAUGCAAGCUGCGAAGACUCAGGAUGAGAUACCCCCAGCCCAUGGGGACGCCCAGCACGGAGGUGCUUAAGGCAGAGCAGGCAACCUCCAGCUAGCGGGGCCUGAAGGACACUGGACACAUUGAUGGUGCAGCACCCGUGAGAGUGGGGACACUCACUCAGGGCCUGCCAGGCUGCGGGGAGCCCUGUUCUGCUGCCCUCCCCAGUGGGACUCUGUUCUUCUUCCCUUGGCCCUACUUUUGUAUUUGGAUUUAAUCAUGUAAUAAAUAGUACUGGUGCUGCAGCUCA